CUGUCAUGUUGCUCUUAUUGUGAGAGCUUGUGCUGUUGGGAAAGGUCAUACUGGUGUUGUAGACAGGGAUCACAAUAAUUGAUGGGAUGAGAAUGGUGGCGGCGUGUGAGGAUCAGAAAGUAGUCACGUCAGGAAGAUCUAGCUGACAAAAGUUGUGGAUAUUUUCACUAUAUAUUCGGUUUCAUACACACCCACAGUUCGCUCCAACUUUGAUGUAGCCUGCCUUAGUUCUUUCCACAUUCAUCGCUGUCAUUGUACAUUUGACUUUCCGUACAGCAAACGAACAACAUUUAUGUACACCUACUGGGUUUUUAAAAGCACCUAUUAAUCACUUUUAGAAUAUAUAACCAAAGAGCUGUCAUUCAUAUUGCCUGUGUUUGAUAGCUAUUUAAUUAGAUAAUUUAUCUAUCUUAUCUAGCUAUCUUUAUAGCUACGCACACACACAAUCAAUCACAUCAAUUGCUAUUCUUUUGAUACAAGUUAAACUAUCUUCGUUAUUUCAUAACACUCACUUUCUCCCCUGUCUGUGACCUUUAGCGGUCUCUGAAUAUUAUUUCUUCAACCCUUCAUUCAUCCCCCAUUCAUUCACAUAUAAAUAAACCCAGCCUUAUUUCCACACAUUAUUUAAAUGCAUGCUCCAGACAAACGGACAUACUACUCAAAUAAAUUGAAAGCUGGACACAUGCAAAAAGUUGCAAAAACCACAUUGAGAAUCAAUAUGAAUAUUGGAGUAAUACUUCUGUUCUACCUGCUUGGUUUUCUCAGGUGUGAGGCAUAUAACCCUCAUGAUCGUUCUAAAGAUUCAGGGAAAACGGUAGAAGAAACUGCAAAGAAAACAUCAGGUCUGUUGACCACAAUACUCACGUCUCUUGUCUCAAACAAAGCACAACCAAAAAUCGACCCUGACACCCAUUACUUGAGAAUAAUUGAAGGAAAUGAGAAUAAUUUCUUUCCUGGAAAAUUAAAACCUACUCGUAAUAACUGGUUUCAAAUUCUACCUACACCAGUAGUCACCAAUGAUGUUUCUUUGAAAACUGUUGUUGGUUGUGUGAUUGCUUCUCUUGGAGAACGUUUGAUUAAACAGAUUGAAAGUGACGCCCAUCAUCAUGGUCGACAAAAAGCUCGCUUGCAGUGGGCCAAACAGCGUCUUUCUGAAUUCAUUCAGUUUCUUCAAAGAGCAAUAUGUACAUUUGAGUUAGUUGAUAAAAAUAAAAAUUCCUACAUCAACCAUAGUGAAUACACUACUUUCAUGACUGUCAUGCAGGACUAUCUCCUUGCAGGGAAAUAUUUAUACAAGCUUGCUGUUUCUGCAUACCGACAAGUGGCUGAUGACUUUCAAGAUGGUGAAUCACAAUUUUCUAUCUCUUGCAACCAAAAUAACAAACACCAUGACUGUUCUUCUGAUGUUGUCGGUAUUCUUAAACAACUCCAGUGUUUCUCAAAUUGCCGUGAAACAAAUAACUGUCGGAAUAAAAUCACAAAAUUGCGAAAGAUGUUGCGCCGAGCAAAACAUAUGAUCAUCAACUCAACAUUUAAAUUAAAACAUGAAUAAUUAUAACUCAGCUUUCCACACUAACUUUUCCAUUAACUUUUCAACACAAGAACAUAACAAGAAAAAUAUACUAAGUAUCUACUAUCAAAGAUAGCUCUGCGUGAUUCAGAAUUCGAUUAUUUAGAAUUCAUGACACAAAAGGCAUUAAGUACUUGAGAAUAUUAUUUAUAGUGAAAACCAUAAAACUUGCUUGGAAACUAUAAGUUGGUUGUAAAUAUUACAGACUCUGAGCUUUGGUUAUGCACUAUUGUGAACACUGAAAUGAGUGAAAUGUUGCAUAUUUUAAUCCGGUUUUCCAAAAUUUUGACAUGAUUUCCCCUCAGUUUACAGAAUAUAAACUGAAAUGUUGGUACCAAGAUUGAUAAUGUAUCAUUUAAGGGAUAUUAACUAAAAUUUUUUAAAUGUUUGACUUUAAUUUCAUUACUCUAAGCAAUAUUUGCUGAUCAAGGUUAUGAAGCAAACAAUAACAAAAAUGGCUUUAUAAUGAAUAACUGACAUAUAUAUAGACUAAAAGGAAUUGCUUCUUGUAUUCAUAUUUCAAAUUCAUGAUGCUUCAUGCAUUUUCUCAAAAGAAAAGAAAUUAUUUAUGUGUUUGUGCAGACAUAAAAAUACAUUGGUUAAGUCCCCUUGCUAGUGAUCUUCAGUGUUAUAAAUUUAAAAUUUUUGUUAAAAUUUAAAAGCAAACUGUCAACGUUGGUGCUAAUUAGCUAUUUAAAGCUUUAUAAAGGUUCAUUUAAAAAAAAAAAGUCAUUAUGCAAAACUAGAAAUGAUAUCAGGAAUUGUUUCAAAACGGAUUAUUGUUAUUCUGUGAAUUAAAAUUUUAAAAAAAGCUAUGAUAAAGCUGAAGUCAGAAAAAAAAUGAAUGCAUGUAUAUACAUCACACCAAAGAAAUUAUCUACACAUAACUUCAGCUAAUACACACACACGUGUGUGUGUGUGUAUGAAAAGAAAGAGAACAGAUGACUAAGUGAAUGGUGUUCCAGGCAACUGUGAAGGAGAAAUUCGGUGUUCAAUUAUUGUCCAAUGUGUAUGUCCAGCUAACUCAAGUAUUGUUGAAAAUUGAUGAGUAAUGGGAUUACAAUUUCAGGUUCAGUUCUUCCUGUGGGAAAAUAUAUAUAUCUACCUAAGACCACUGUACUAUUCAGGGAGAAACUUAUCUCUGAUCCACUGCUAUGGAAACUGGAGCUAACCACUGUUACCUUGCGAAUCAGAAAAGGAUAUACAAAACUGAUUAGAGGCUGGAGAUAGUAGGCAUCACUCUCUCAUUAUGCUUAAAAUUGUUCACUGUCUGAAUAUAUUGCUACAGUGUCUAACUAUAUAUAGUUAAAGAAAACCUCCAGGUGGAGGAAAAUUGAUACUCAGGAAUGAAGCACAAAUGGAUCCAAAUAUCUACCUAGUCUUUAUUAUUAACCGUUUUGUUACCAUAUUUAUAUGGAAAUACACUGCCUUUGUUUGAAUUAAUGUUGAAAAAACUGAAGAAUUUAAUAGAAUAACCUUGUCAUUAUUAAGCUAGUGUUUAGAACAUAAAGUAAUGUGAGAUUUUGAUGGAAGGUUUUAAUUUAUAUCACCUUAACCCUUUUGUUACCAUAUUUUUGUUUAAAUACACUUUGUUUAAUUAAUAUUGAAAAUAAUGAAAAUUUUCAGAAAAUAAUUUUAUCAUUAAGUUGGUGAUUGGAGUAUAUAUUUUCAUGAAAAUUUAAUGAAAGAUUUCAACUUAGAUCACUUUAAAACAGGAAAUUUAUAUUAUAAAACCAGGGAAAGUUCAAGCAGUUUGGUACUAAAAGUAGUUAAUGAUAUAUGAAUCUUCAUGAACACCUCCAUAAAGUAUUAAAAACAUUGUGUAGUAAUAAUCUGGUUGAGCUUGCUUGGACAGUUCUAACCCAUGAAUGCCCUCCAUCUUGGUCAAUCUACAUAUUUCGCGUUUGGACGACCUACUCGAGUAUGGCCAUGCUGUAGCAGCCAUAACAAUAGACGACUAGCCAUCUAUAGUGAUGAACAUACAUAUCAUGAAAUAUACCGAUAUAAAAUAUAGGUUUAAGACAAUAAGUUGUGUCGAGUAGGUAUCAAACCUCACAACUGAAAAGUCUUGAUUGAGUUUGUAUUUUGUCAUUAACACAAUGAUGUAUUUAACUCUGUUGGUUAAGACACCUUUGUGGUGGAGAAUCAAAUUAUGAAUAGAAAGGGUCAUUAUUAUACAAUGACCCAAACAUGGCACUGAAAUGACAUAUAUAGAUACAGGCAUGGCUGAAUGAUUAAGAAGCUUGAUUUUGCAAUCAUGAAAUCCCAGGUUCAAUCCCACUGCAUGGCAUUUUAUUAUGUAUCGUUUGUUAUAUCCCCAAAGUCAACUCUUACCUUGGUUAGAGAAAUUAGGUAGACAAAACUAUGUGGAAGCUCACUGGAUGGACUCACACUGAUUCUGCUUGAGGAUUAUAAUAUAAUAAGGGUACAAGAUAUGUUUGUGGAAUACUCAACCACAAACAUAUAAGUCAAAGGUGGUGAGCUGGCAGAAACAUUAGCACGCCGGGCGAAAUGCCUAGCAGUAUUUCGUCUGCUGCUACGUUCUGAGUUCAAAUUCCGCCGGGGUCCAUUAAAUAAGUACCAGUUACACACUGGGGUCGAUGUAAUCGACUUAAUCCAUUUGUCUGUCCCCUUUGUGUGUAGCCCCAUGUGGGCAGUAAAGAAAUAACAAAAAUAUAAGUCAAUGAGCAGGCAGUUCAGUUGAUUGAGCAGCUAUAGUACUCAGCCUUGAAACCGAUAAAAAUCUAUUUACUUUGGCUUUAUAUAUGUAUAUGUGGAGGCACUUGAGUUAGUGGUUAGGGUGUUAAACUCAUGAUUGUAAGAUCCCUACACCAGGCAAUGUAUUGUGUUCUUGAGCAAGACUCUUCAUUUCAUGUUGCUCCAAUCUACAACAGCUGGUAAAAGUGAAUAUUUCUGUGAUGGUCCAGCAUACCGUCCAGGAGGGAUAUAUACACCAGAGAAUCCAGGAAAACAGCCCUAUGAGUCAAUAUGACUAAAAAAAGGUGCUUUAUCCAUUUUUUUACCCUUUAUAUAUGUGUAUAGAUGAGACAGAUAUGUAUAUUUACUUCUACUUUAUGUAUAGAUGAGAGAGAUAUUGUGUAUGUAUAUAUAUAUAUAUAUAUACAUAUAUAUGUUUUACUUUAUAUGUA